CGAGGGCAUACGAUCACUAUCGCCAACGGCUUUCUAUAUGCCGAUCGAACCUCCGUCGACUCCGUAUGCUGUUGAUGCUCGUCUCGCCAUUCCCUGAACCCCUUCCGCUUGGCUCCCGACCGUUCUCGACUCGCAUCCUGCCCCCCGAAAUGAUCCAGACAGCCUAAAAAGGACAACCGUCAAGAUCACCCCGGCUUUUAGCACCGCUUGCUUAUUUACUGUCUUUCCAUCAUGUGGCGAGACCGCACUAAUUUGUACAUCUCCUACCGGCAAUCGUUCACGCACCACCCAGCCAAGAAGCCACGGUACAUCGGCUCGACCAAUGGCUUCUCCGACACGCCGUCGCACGCGGAGGAAAGCAGGAGGCUGAUCGGGGACUCGGGGGGAUUUGACGACGAUGGCGACGCCGUGAUUGAAAUGGACGUACUGCCUCCGCGCUGGGUCGACGUGCAGGACGAGGUGACGGAGUUGCUGGCGGACAUUGCGCAGAAGUCCGCCCACCUCGACAAGCUGCACCAGAAACACCUCCUGCCGGGAUUCGGGGACGAGGAGGCGCGCAAGCAAGAAGAGGCUGUCAUCGAGCGGUUCACGCAGGACAUCACGCGGGCGUUCCACGAUUGCCAGAAGGCCGUCCAGAAGAUCGAGACGAUGGUACGCGACGCAAAGCAGCAGGGUGGCGUCACCAAUGGCGACGAGACCAUGGCGAAGAACAUCCAGAUCUCGCUGGCGUCGAGGGUGCAGGAUGCGAGUGCGCGGUUCAGGAAGAAGCAGAGUACCUAUUUGAAGAAGCUCCGAGGACUCGAGGGCGUACCUUCGCCAUUCGACCGCGCGCCCACGCCACAGAACCCUUACACGGACCCCUCAUUGAUGGAGUCCGACGCGGACAAGUCCUUCUCGCAAUCGACUCUCAUGCAAACGUCGCAGCGACUCACCGGCGAGAACGACGCCGCCAUCAUGCAGCGGGAACGAGAAAUCAACGACAUCGCCAAAGGUAUCAUCGAGCUAUCAGACAUCUUCCGCGAACUCCAAUCAAUGGUCAUCGACCAAGGCACAAUGCUCGACCGAAUAGACUACAACGUGGAAAAGAUGGGCACGGAAGUCAAAGCCGCCGAUAAGGAGCUUAAAGUGGCCGGCAAUUACCAACGACGCACCAUCAAGCGCAAAAUCCUCCUCUUACUGAUCAUUCUCGUCGCCGGCAUGUUCAUCCUCCUGCUCGUGAAGCCUAAGAAAAACGACUCGCCGCCCCCUCCAGAGUCCGCGCCUGCUCCUCCCUCUUCGCCCCCUCCUCAGUCCAACGAGCAGUCGGCCGACGUUGUGCCUCGGAAUUUCGAACUCGUGUACCGCCGCAAGAGGCGCCCGUCGUCGAGCCACCCCGUGCGGAGAAAGUGGGGGGACCCGGACAUAUAUCGAUAAUUUUUGACCCUUUUCAGAUACCAUGAUUGCAGUAUUUCAAUUUAGCGGAAUCAAGAGCUGAUUUUCGAGACUGACCGAGUAGCUUGGCUUUUUGAUUGCAUGGUUUUAAAUGAGAACUAUGGAUUCAACGAUUCCGUAAGCUAGAGAUGUAGGUAUACCUAAAUGAAUAUGCGUCCCGACAAGACAGGCAAAGUAUGUGAAAUCUGACCACAUGGCACUUGAUAUCUCCAAGCAAUUAUCAUAACGAAACCCGGCACGAACCAGCCUCCGCGCAGGAAAUGAAGGAUGAAUAUU